AUGGCUGUCCUGGAAAUACAGGCUAAUGGAGAUGCUGUUGUGUCCAAGGAGGCCAUCACCAACGCAGGCCAGUCUCUGGAGGAUCCUCUUAUGAGAGUCAGUCUCACUCAUGUUUCCAUCCAUUGGCCCAAAUAUAGCAAAGCAUCACAGUGGGCCAAUGUACAAAAACACAUUUGAUUAAAACCCACACCUUAUGAAAUCAAGUUUAUUGAAUGUACAUGUUAAAGGAUCCCAACACACUAAUUAAACCCUAACUAAUACGCUACAUAGCUUUGACCUUUGACCUCCACUCUCUCUUGCAGGAGUUUACUCAGUCAUGUGUGCGUCAUGAGGCCAAGCAGCGUCCCACAGCCCACGACCUGCUGUUCCACCGUGUGCUGUUUGAGGUUCACUCCCUCAAGCUACUGGCUGCCCACUGCCUCAUCAGUAACCAGUGUGAGUAUCUCCUCAGUCCUCAGCUCUGAAGCCCCAAUGCACAUGGCAUGCAAUCUGUGGAAUGACAACUGCAAUCUGUUUGGCAUGACAAUGAGUGGCAAGAAGUGGCAUGAUGGCACAAACAGAAUGGUACCCAGGCUAGCCAUUUGUGUGGGAGAGAGAAAAUGUUUCCACGUCUAUUUCCUUUUUGUCAUGGGACAGCUGAAAAAUACUGAAAUCCUUUUUGGGAUUUCAUGGGAUUUCUUUGGACGUCUGUUGUUACAAUGGAAGUGGAAAAGUUGUUCUAUUUAAUUUGCUAUAUAACAAACUGGUGUGGCAUCCAUGUAAUGCUCCCUUACCCCUCUCUCUUUGCAGACCUGCUGCCAGAGAACUGUGUGGAGGAGAAGACCAAGUCCUUUGACCCCAAUGGUCUCAUGGCAGAAAUCAAACAUGGCAACCGGCCUGGCGUCCAGCUCAAGUAUUCCCAUGUGUCUCCUUUGGAGCUGGACAAGUUCCUUGAGGACGUCAAGUAAGGGCUAAUUCGAUUCACCCAUUGGGCUCUGGUCAAAAGUAGUGCACUAUAUAGGGAAUACGGUGCGAUUUAGGAUGCAGCCUUAGAGGGCUGCCUUGGUCAUUGCCUCUUAUGGGCUUUGUGUAGCGUGUCUUUAAGAGAUGGCCUUGUGGCCUCUGACUUCAUUCUGACUCCCCCCUCUUCAGGAAUGGGAUAUACCCCCUCAUGAACUUUGCGUCGUCGCGUCCCCACCCUGUACCCCGUGCCCUAUCCCUGUCCCACGAACAGGUGGAGACGGCGAAGUCCCCCACCCCUGAGCCCCAAGAGACAGAGAGCAGAAAGGUGAGGGUUAGGUGUGUGUCUGUGUAUGUCUCUUUCUAUUUGUUUAUGUGUGUGUGUUAAGCCCUAUUUGGACAGGAUUAAUUUUACUGGUGGAGGUCGGGUAAUGUAAUUAUGUGCACGAGCACAAAACACCACAUUCGUAAUUCUAGUCCCGUGGGAAUCUGCCACGUCAGUAAUUUUUACAUUGUAGGAGAGUAACAAUUCCAGCCAGAAUAACUACUAGGGUUUUUUGGCAAAUUCCAAGGUCCUCUGAUGAUACUAGUUCCUGUGCGAAUCGACAUCCCUGUGUUUUGAGAGAAAUGUCUGAGUUUGGCAGCUGUUGCUCACGGUUUGAGCAAGAAAACAAAAACUGAUUUGAUAAAUUGAACGAAGUGCUGCGCAUAAGAUAUAAUGAAGGGCCUACAUGUAUCAACUUUCACAGUGAAUGCUUUUAUUUAUAUGUUUUGUGCGUAUUAAUUGAAUAUUGCCAAAUGCAUCAGUAAAAGAUAUUGCGCCUAUUUAAUGUAACCCUUGCCGUUAAUAGAUGGCCAUGCAGCAUACAGCUGACCUAAACUUUUGGAAAUGAUAAGUUCACUUUCUCAUUCAUAGCAAGUGCACUGGCACUGUUUAGCUCACAUCUGAAGGAUAGGGGGCAUUUAGGAUGUCUACUGCGGAUCGCUAAAAUAUCCUAAUGAUUAUGAUCACACUUCUUCAAUUCAAAUAUUAUGGCGACACUAUACCAAAGAUGGUUUGGUAUGGUUUUGAAACCAAGAAAAAAACCUCCAGGCUUCCGUCAUAACUGUUAAUUUAUUGAAAAAAAUGAAGAAUUACAGGGGGCCGUUUGGAAAAAACGAAUCCUGUUCGAAUUGUCCUCUGGAAUAACAGACAUUCUGGGGUAAUAAUUACAUAAUCAACGUUCUCUAGUAAUACUAGUCCCAUGCAAAUAUACAAUUCCAGCCAGAAUAACCUACUGUUUUUCAGCAAACUCCAAGGUCCUCUCAUAAUACUAGUUUACCGAGACAUUACAGCGUUUGACAGGUACUGCUCGAAGUUUGAGCAAGAAAACAUAACUGAUUUGAUAAAUUAAUGCUUAAACAAAGUGCUGCAUAUAUUUCAUAUGAAUGGCCUGCAUUUAGCAACUUUCACAGUGAAUGAUUGUGUUUAUACGUUUUGUGCCAUGGAAUUAAAGUUGAACAUCGCCAAAUGUGUCAGUUUAAUUAGGCCUAAAUGUGGAAUAAAAAAUAAUUGUGCCUAUAGGCUUAUUUAAUGAAACCCUGGCUGUUGAUGUAAUAGGUAACUUAUGACAAAGCAGGGCAUCCCCGAUUCCCCACUGAGCUAAACUUUUAGGAAAUAGCAAGUUUAUCAUCCAUAAAAGCAUCUCAAGCAAAUACUCUCCAUACGCUCAAAUCAGCAGGAUGGGGGGCAUUUUUAUUAGGAGGGACAUCUACCAUCGAUCGCUAAAAUUAUCAUUAUAAUUACACUUCCUCAAUUUAAAUAUUAUGGGGACACCUAUAUAUUUGGCAGCCAAUCACAAGUUAUCAUUGUAGCUUAUUAUCGUUUAGACAUGAUGUUAAAAUAUCUUCACGCCUAGACUAAAAACCUCCACUCCAGGCUUACGUCAUAGACUCAAUUGAAUGAAAAAAAUAAUAAUUACAGUAUGGAAAAACGAAUCCUGUGAGAAUCUUCCUCUGAAAUAAUGCACAUGCUGGGAUAAUGAUUACAUACAGUGCCUUGCAAAAGUAUUCAUCCUCCUUGGCAUUUUUCCUAUUUUGUUGCAUUACAAUGUCACGAUCGUCGUAAGAACCGGACCAAGGCGCAGCGUGAUAGGCGUACAUCUUUUAAUGAGUACUUAAUACAAUCACAAAAACAACAAAACGAUACGUGAAGUCUAAAGGUUCACAAACACAAACCUAUAAAGAACAAGAUCCCACAAAUAACUGUGCAAAACAGGCUGCCUAAGUAUGGUUCCCAUUCAGAGACAACGAGCAACAGCUGCCUCUGAUCGGGAACCACCCUGGCCAACAUAGAUCUAAACGAUCUAGAAUAAACACAUAGAAACUACAACAUAGAAACUAACACCCUGGCUCAACAUAAAAGAGUCCCCAGAGCCAGGGCGUGACAGUACCCCCCCCCCAAAGGCGCGGACCGCGCCAACUAAACCCAACAGGGGAGGGGCCGGGUGGGCAUUCCGCCUCGGAGGCGGAUCCGGCUCCGGGCGUGACCACCACUCUCUCUCUCGCCCUCGUGGUCUGGCCCUGCUGGCCGGAGCUGGACUGAACACCGGUGGAGCGGAUUGCUCUGGCUCCGGCGUGGAGCAGCUGACCGGUGCCGGACCAGGCACAGGUGGAACAGGCACGGACCGUGCCGGACUGACGACGCGCACCACUGGCUUGGUGCGGGGAGCGGGAACGGGCCGGACCGGGCUGACGACGCGCACCAAUGGCUUGGUGCGGGGAGCAGGAACGGGCCGGACCGGGCUGACGACGCGCACCACUGGCUUGGUGCGGGGAGCAGGAACAGGCCGAACCGGGCUGGCGACGCGCACCACUGGCUUGGUGCGGGGAGCAGGAACGGGCCGGAACGGGCUGACCCCUGGGGACGCGCACCACUGGCUUGGUGCGGGGAGCAGGAACAGGCCGGACCGUACUGGGAACAAGACCACUGGCCUUGUGCGGGGAUCAGGAACGGGCCGGACCGGACUGGUAACACACCCCAGUACCUCUCGCCGUGCCUCUACACUCUCCUUCCCCCUCAUGACCAAUGGCCCCCGUAACCUGGUGGCCUCCUCUCCUAGUCCACAAACUCGCCCUGUAGCUGCCUCCAGCAGCCCCGUCAUCCAUGCCGUGUGCCCCCCCAAAAAAAUGUAUUGGGGUUGCCUUUCGCCUGUCCGACGACGGCACGGUUGGCACCGUACCUCCUCUCUCGCCAGGGCUUUAACUUUUGCCCAUGGCCCUUUGCCCGCGAACAUGUCCUCCCAAGACCACCAUUCGCCCACCUGGGACAUCGCCAACUUCUCCAGUUCCUUACCCGGUGUCUGCUCCUGAACACGCUGCUUGGUCCUUCUUUGGUGGGAUCUUCUGUCACGAUCGUCGUAAGAACCGGACCAAGGCGCAGCGUGAUAGGCGUACAUCUUUUAAUGAGUACUUAAUAUAAUCACAAAAACAACAAAACGAUACGUGAAGUCUAAAGGUUCACAAACACAAACCUAUAAAGAACAAGAUCCCACAAAUAACUGUGAAAACAGGCUGCCUAAGUAUGGUUCCCAUUCAGAGACAACGAGCAACAGCUGCCUCUGAUCGGGAACCACCCUGGCCAACAUAGAUCUAAACGAUCUAGAAUAAACACAUAGAAACUACAACAUAGAAACUAACACCCUGGCUCAACAUAAAAGAGUCCCCAGAGCCAGGGCGUGACAUACAACCUGUAAUUUAAAUGGAGUUUUAUUUGGAUUUCAUGUAAUGGACAUACACAAAAUAGUCCAAAUUGGUGAAGUGAAAUGAAAAAAAUGACUUGUUUCAAAACAUUCAAAUAAAUAAAUAACGGAAAAGUGGUGCGUGCAUAUGUAUUCACCCCCUUUGCUAUGAAGCCCCUAAAUAAGAUCUGGUGCAACCAAUACCUUCAGAAGUCAUGUAAUUAGUUAAAUAAAGUCCACCUCUGUGCAAUCUAAGUGUCACAUGAUCUGUCACAUGAUCUCAGUAUAUAUACACCUGCUCUGAAAGGCCCCAGAGUCUGCAACACCACUAAGCAAGGGGCACCACCAAGCAAAGGCCCCAGAGUCUGCAACACCACUAAGCAAGGGGCACCACCAUGCAAGCGGCACCAUGAAGACCAAGGAGCUCUCCAAACAGGUCAGGGACCAAGUUGUGGAGAAGUACAGAUCAGGGUUGGGUUAUAAAAAAAGAUCAGAAACUUUCAACAUCCCACGGAACACCAUUAAAUCCAUUAUUAAAAAAUUUAAAGAAUAUGGCACCACAACAAACCUGCCAAGAGAGGGCCGCCCACCAAAACUCACAGACCAGGCAAUGAGGGCAUUAAUCAGAGAGGCAACAAAGAGACCAAAGAUGACCCUGAAGGAGCUGCAAAGCGCCAUAGCAGAGAUUGGAGUAUCUGUCCAUAGGUCCACUUUAAGCCGUACACUACACAGAGCUAGGCUUUACAGAAGAGUGGCCAUAAAAAAGCCAUUGCUUAAAGAAAAAAAAAACCAAACAUGUUUGUUGUUCGCCAAAAGGCAUGUGGGAGACUCCCCAAACAUAUGGAAGAAGGCACUCUGGUCAGAUUAGACAAAAAUUGAGCUUUUUGGCCAUCAUGGAAAACGCUAUGUCUGGCGCAAACCCAACACAUCUCAUCACCCCGAGAACACCAUCCCAUGAUGUGGGGAUGUUUUUCGUCGGCAGGGACUGGGAAACUGGUCAGAAUUGAAGGAAUGAUGGAUGGCGUUAAAUACAGGGAAAUUCUUGAGGGAAACCUGUUUCAGUCUUCCAGAGAUUUGAGACUGGGACAGAGGUUCACCUUCCAGCAGGACAAUGACCCUAAGCAUACUGCUAAAGCUACACUCGAGUGGUUUAAGGGGAAACAUUUAAAUGUCUUAGAAUGGCCUAGUCAAAGCCCAGACCUCAACCCAAUUGAGAAUCUGUGGUAUGACUUAAAGAUUGCUGUACACCAGCGGAACCCAUCCAACUUGAAGGAGCUGGAGCAGUUUUGCCUUGAAGAAUGGGCAAAAAUCCCAGUGGCUAGAUGUGCCAAGCUGAAAGAGACAUACCCCAAGAGAGGUGGCUCUACAAAGUAUUGACUUUGGGGGGGUUAAUAGUUAUGCACACACAAGUUCUGUUUCUUUGUCUUAUUUCUUGUUUGUUUCACAAGAAAAAAUAUUUUGCAUCUUCAAAGUGGUAGGCAUGUAUUUCCUAUUCAAACUCAUUUUAUGUAUGUUUUCAUGGAAAACAAGGACAUUUCUAAGUGACCACAAACGUUGUGUAAAUCAAAUGAUACAAACCCCCAAAAAUUCCAUUUAAAUUCCUGGUUGUAAGGCAACAAAAUAGGAAAAAUGCCAAGGGGGGUGAAUACUUUCGCAAGCCACUGUAACUAACGUCUCUAAUAAUACUAGUCCUGUCCAAAUAGGACUUUAAAGAGAAUAGUGCAAGUUAAAGUACGCUCAUCACUCUAACACUGUGUUGGUCUGAUGGUGUGUUGCAGGUGAUUCAGAUGCACUGUAACUUGGAGUCAAAUGAAGAAGGGACCAAAACUCAUGUGAGUUUGACUAUCAUCUUCUUUUAAGUAAUGGUGUCAAUGUGUACAACCCUCCCAUGUCACGUGACCUUUUGGAGUUACCAUAACUGACAUAACAUAAAAAUCCAUUCUGAUCCUCAUUGCAUUUGGGCGAUAAGCAUAUUCUGUGUUGAUAAAAUGUAUUCCUCUAUCCUGUCCUCUCCUUAGCUCUCUCUGUUUCUUAAGAUGGACGACAAGCUCCAUCGACAACUUAGCUGUGACAUCCUUCCAAGUGAGUUCUAAUGGACACUUUCAUAUCCAUUAAUAUGUUUUUUUACAUAUCGUUGUAUGAGGCUGAACUAUUUUGGAUUAAUCUUUCAGCUGACAGCUCCAAAGACCUUGCCAAUGAACUUGUUCACUACGCCUUCAUAAGUGAGGUAGGUAUUCUUGUCGCCUAAUGUUAUUGCAAAUGGCCUUUGUCAUUCUAAUUGAUAUUCUGUAAUGAUCUAACCUCUAACCCUGUGUAACCCCAUGCAGGAGGACUGUGAGAAGCUGGCAGGAUUCCUUGAGGACGCGCUCACCAGACACAAGGGCAAAGCGCUGGCCUCUGGGACCACACAGUGA